AGUUAUCAGGGGGCAAUGACGUUUACAGUUAAAUUUUGUUUUGCAUUCCAGGUUUUUGUUGAUCUUUAUGGUGGACGGUCUUCAACAAAUAGCCCACAAUUACAGGAAUGGCUUAAUGCAACUCACAUCCGAAUGCGUUUUUCUGGACUCUUUAAAAAAUUUGACAUCUUUUCUAAAAACUGGCAUCAUUACGCUGUUCGAGAGAUCAAAGUCACUGGCUCCUGUUUCUGCAAUGGCCAUGCUUCGGGAUGCACCAUUAACUCAACAACUGGUGCAAGGUCCUGCCAAUGCCGCAAUAACGCUUGUGGCCCAUUAUGUGACAGGUGCUGUCCAGCCUUUAACCAGUAUCCAUGGAAACAGGGAACAGGGGCGCCUUUUGAAGUUGACACGAGAGCUGCCUGUAGACCAUGCAAUUGCCAUGGACAUGCCAGUUCCUGUGUUUACAACCAAACCGUCGCCAACUCAAGACUGAGUUUAAACUCGACUGGAUUUUACUCAGGUGGAGGUGUUUGUCAGAACUGCACGCGCAAUACAACUGGGAUAAACUGCGAAACUUGUAUACCGUUGUUUUUUCGAGCAGUUGGAAAGAGUCGCUCUGCUAUUGAUGUCUGUACAGAAUGCAAUUGCAGUGUUUUGGGGUCAAGACUUGUUCCUGGAGUUCAGUUUCUUGACUGCGUAAGGGAUGAAACUGUUAACAUCUCAGCAUUGACGGCAGGUGAUUGCUAUUGUAAGCAGAACGUUCAUGGCAAGAAAUGUGGUGUCUGCAGACCGGAGUUUUACAAUCUCACUCAAAACAAUCCACUCGGAUGCCAAGAUUGUCUUUGUCAUCUACCUGGAACUGUUAAUGGGAGUAACGUGUGCGACCCUGGGAGAACAGGGAACUGUCCUUGCAAGAACAACACUGAAGGCAGAGAUUGCAGCUCAUGCAAAAACGAAUACUUCAAUUUGACAGCCAACAACCUAAACGGAUGUCAAGAUUGUAGCUGCGACCCUGGCGGUAGAGCAUCUGCCAUAUGCAAUAAGACAUCUGGUCAAUGUUCCUGUAAGAGUACGAACUUCACAGGAAGGCAGUGUGACACGCCUGAAGGUGGCUUUUACUUUCCCAAUCUUCACUUUAUCCAAGCAUCAGUUUCAAGAGUCCAAUCCUCGAACAAUUUGAAAGGUGCGGUACAAAUACCAAGGUUCUCAAAUGGAUCUGGCGUGUUUCAGAUAAUCAUUAAAUACAGAAGCAGUGUAUCUGCAAGUACCUCGCGAGCAACACUGAAUAUGCCGAUCGGUGGGACAGCGUCCCAGUUUGGCUUGUUCAGCAUCCUCCCAACCUGCACUUCAACGUGCUAUGCACAUGUCAACCAAAAUUUCACCCUUGCACCAGCAACCUGGGAUAUAUUCCUUAACUUUGGCAGCUUGGCAAGUUCAGACAUCUCAAAAAUCGUUAUUGAAAGCGUCAUAAUUUUGCCAAACGAAUUCUACACUGCUGCCAUUUUGGGGACGGCUCGACACGUUUUCCGUAGCUCGUGUGACGUCAUACGGAAUAACAUGUCAAGGAACGGCACAUUGAAUCCGGUUUGCGUCAAAGGCGUUUUUUCAUUGACAAUGGGUCUGCUCAACGAGCCUAUAGAAAGAAAACAAGCUUGUGCGCUGCAAAUUCAACGGGAAUCAAUGAACGGUGUUCUGCGAAAAAAUAUACCGUACGGAUCCCAAGUAUUUUAUUGUCUCUUUCUCCAUUUUACAGCGUGCAACUGCUCGGGUGACAACAAAGUUUGCAACCAGACAACCGGUCAAUGUGUAUGUCCGCAAAAUACGGUCGGGAGAACUUGCAGUCAGUGUAGAAGCAACUACUGGGGAUGGAACUCGACCACUGGUUGCAAGGCCUGUGCCUGCAAUAGCACUGGAUCUUCAAACCUUCAAUGUGAUCUCAAUUUUGGAAACUGCACCUGCAAACCUGGAGUAGAUGGGCCUAAAUGCUCUAACUGCUCGGACACUUUCACUGGAUUCUCAAAUUCAGGCUGCAGACUGUGCAACUGCAGCAACAGCGGAAGUCAGAAUGCCGUCUGUAACAAAGUAUCAGGACAAUGUGAUUGCAAGGCAAACGUUAUGAUCACCCGGACAUGUGAUCGAUGUGAUUCCCAAUCAUUCUACCUAUCAUCCAAUCAUUCUUAUGGAUGUUUACGAUGUGUGUGUAUGGGUAUCACUUCCAAUUGCAGCAGCUCUCGAAAUUUCGUAUUUCAGGAGCCUCUUGUGGUAUAUGGCUGGCGGAUGAGCAACGCAACAACUCAACUUGCUGCCUCUCAUUCUAACAGCACGAUUGGCAAUGGAGGGCAAAGUAUUCCAGCUAUGCAAUCUACAAUAACACGUCACAACGAGCCAGUCUAUUGGAUGGCUCCUAACAGCUUUGUUCGAAACAGCUUGGUUCAAUCAUAUGGAGGGUAUUUAGAAUUCACACUGACGUACUCAAAUGCAGCUGGUGCUGCGAGGGCGCCUACCCAGAAUGCUAUUCUCAAGAGAGGUGUUGUGGCCAUCUAUCAAAAUAUUUCUGAUACUUCACCAAGCCUCAUCAAUGUAAGAAGAGUCAGAAUGCAUGAGGACUCCUGGCGAUAUUCAAACGGAUCAACUCUCACCCGAUCUGCAUUUGUUCGCCUCCUUGCUAAGCCAACUGUAUUGUUGAUCAGUGCUUCAUCGUAUGCAGAUAGCAGCAAUUCUUACACUUCAAGAAUUGGUGGCCUAUCAAUAUCGACAACUCGAUCCAUUAUAACGUCACUUGGGAGAGCAUUACAAGUAGAACAGUGUCAGUGCGGAACUGGAUAUUCGGGCUCAUCUUGUGAGCGCUGUGCACCGGGUUAUAAGCGAUCCGGUGUCGCUUCACAUGCGUAUCUCGGAACAUGCAGGCCAUGUGAAUGCAACGGCCAUUCAACACAGUGUGAUCCGGACACGGGCAGAUGUCUGAACUGUCAACACAACACAACUGGGGAUUUCUGUCAGCUUUGCUUACCCGGUUUCUAUGGCAAUGCGACUAAUGGCACGAGUUCAGACUGCCGAAGAUGCCCCUGCGAUGCACCUAAAACAACAACCCAACUUUGUAAUCUUGAUGUCAAUGGAACUGUUCAGUGCUUAAACUGCUCGCAAGGAUACAAGGGGAAAACAUGUCAAAGCUGUUCAAAUGGUUAUUAUGGCCAACCCUCGGUUCCUGGAGGUACCUGUCGAACAUGCCAAUGUACUAAUAAUUCCGAUAUUUGCAAUACAACUACGGGUGUUUGUCUGAAUUGCCAAUUCAAUACAUCCGGAAAUCAUUGUGAGAGAUGCAGUGAUGGUUGGUAUGGCAACGCUGUUCUUCGCACGUGUCAAGCAUGUAGCUGCAACAUAACUGGAUCGAAUUCAAGUGUUUGCAACCAUACAAACGGCCAAUGUCCGUGCAAAGCCAAUGUCAUCGGGGACAAAUGCACUGCUUGUCAGAAUAACAGUUAUGGAUUCGACAGCAGUGGAUGCAAGCAAUGCGGUUGCAAUGCCUUUGGGUCGGUAAACCUGCAGUGCAACGACUCAGGAAUUUGUGAAUGCAAGAACCAAACAGUUGGAUCAAAAUGCGACCAGUGCAUGCUGGGAAAUUUCGGAUUGCCGUUGCAGCAAUGUGAAGCCUGCAACUGCAAUACAACAGGAAGCAGAAAUGAAUCUUGCUCCACGUCUAUUGGUCAAUGCUUCUGCAGAAACGGUGUUAGUGGGCGGCAGUGCGCAACUUGCCAGAAACAGCACAUAAAUUUCACCAGUACGGGAUGCAGUGCAUGUCCCCAGUGCUCUAUGUUGCUUCAGAGAAAGAUCGAUGUGCAAGUUGCUAAUGUGCUAAAUACAAAUGUCAAUUUGAGAACAGUGCAGCUGCUGUCAACUUUGACUCCGGCACUUCUGGCUGCAGAGCAAAGACUCAAUGCGACCCAGGUUUCCAAAGCACAAUUCGACAACCGAAUGACUGUACUCCAAGCUGGAAUUAACAGAAUCAAAUCUGAUUCUCUCUCAAGAUCUGUAAACAACCUUGUAACUAGAGCUAAUCAGUUAGCAACAUCGGGCGCCAACCUUACAAGUGAAUCGUCUGCAGAGCUAAGAAGAUACCAGCAAAUCAGAAACAGCAGCGAGCAAGCAGCGACCUAUGUUAUUUCUGUUAAUUCAUCAGUUCGAACGAUUGUUUCUGGACUGCAGCAGAUACAAGCAAAUGCAGAAGUCUUACUUUCCAAUGUCCAGGGCCUCAGUUUCAACUUCACGCAUCAGAACGAGUUGCUUUUAGCGCAGAGAAACGCUUCGCAGGCGCAAGCUCUCCUUACACGGAUGCAGACAUCGCACAGCAACGCAAGUUUGCAAGAAGUGCUGGUCCUGGCUGUGAAUUCCAAUGUAUCCGUUCUGGUCUCAAGACAAGCUAAUCAAAGUCGCAAUCUAACAGACCUGCAGAACCAGGUUGCUGCGCAGGAGAUACGGCUUCAGCAUUUGAGUCAGAUUAUAUCAUCAGUUCAAAAUACAAUUCGAUCAACUAACGCAACUAAAGGAAACAUCAGUAUAGACUUUGAAGCAAUACAGAAUUACACGUCAAGAAUCAGUGGGGUUUUAUCUCAAGCUCGGGAUGUUCUUCAGAGCGCCAGUGAAACAUUGAACAACGCAAGUGGUCUUUCUGUGUCUCUAAGCACUUUGACUGGCCUUGUCAAUGAAUUGCAACGAAACUUAAGCGCCACUAGGGUGACCGUCAACCAAGCAACUGAACACUCAACAAUGCUCACGAGAGAGGCGAACAAUCUUACGAGUGCAUUCCUUGGAGCAAGAAGUCACGGAGCAAAUGCAGUCAACGCCGUUAGAAGAUACGAGGAAAUAACAAGGUUGAUAAACGACUCGAUGAAAUUGUCGGCUCAGGCAAACAGAUCCGUUCAAGAAGUUCUCAACUAUUUGAGGCAGCCUGGCAGUCAAAACUUGACGAAGAGAUCAACAGCAUCACUCCAGCGCAGUCAGGCAUUGCAUACAGUCUCACUCACCCAACAGAAGGCUAUUUCAGACGUUCGUGGAAACUUGAGCCAAGCAAACGUUACAUAUCAAGCAGUAAGACUCACCGGCAGCUCGGUUUCUUACCGGUUCAAUUUGUUCUUGUCGCUGUUCAACCGAUUGUCAGUUACCGCUGAAUACGGGAAUCGACCGCAUAGCUUAGAAAGAUCAAUAACUCAAGCCAAUCAGCUGACAAACAAUAUCACACAGUCUAGCUUAACUACGAUCGCAGAAUCAGCAGGUCUUCAAGCAAAUCUGUCGUCUAUGACGUCAGUUGUAAGAGAGUUGAAUGGCACUGUGGCAAACGUAACUCAAAAAAUGGCACUUGCAUCAAGUGUUGUUGCUAACAUAACAAGGAAGCUGAACAGUCCAGUGAAUGCCCCAAUUAAUGACGUCAACAACAUCACGCGUCUGAUGCAGCAAUUCAAUUCAACGAGACCAAAUCUUGAGAGUCGACUUUCAAGCAUACAGUCGAAGUUAGAUGCUUUAAAGCAGAGACUUGCUCGGGCUCAAGCUGCCAUCAAGCUUAAUGGGAGCAAUUCUGUGGUUUACAAGCCACCGUCAAAUGCCUUAUCUCGCAGCGUAUACAGUGAGGUGCAAAUGGAUUUCAGAACGACACAGAGAAAUGCCCUUCUUCUGCAUCUUGGUAACACAUCAGCCUUGUCAACGAUGGAUAGGAUGUCAUUGAAGAUUGUUGAUACCAAGGUCGUGUUCGAGUAUUCUAUUAACGGAUUAUUGCGACGGUUGACAAACUGGGAGGUUGGUGUUUCAGAUGGCCUUUGGAGAAGAGUCCUAGCAACUCGACAAGGAGACUUCAGCCGUUUAACAGUGAGUGUACUAAGCGGCAAUUACUCGCGAACGUACAGCUCGUACACUGGAAGUGACUCCACAACCAUGACAUAUUCUACAGAUUCUAUGAUAUAUCUAGGAGCUCUGCCACCACCAGACAUGGUAAAUGUCACUGCAGCUGGCUUCAAUGGCUGCAUUAACAAUGUGCAAGUAAACAGGGCUCAGGUCUCACUUUGGAACGCAACAUCUAGAACAUUCAGGCCUGGAUUUUGCAAUGCGACAAGUGGAACGUCGUCAUCAACAGGGUCCGUACUACCUGGCGCUAGUUUUGCGGGCAAUGGAUUUCUCCAACUUGGCAUGGGAAAUUUCAGUAUCAGAAACUCAUCGAAAGUUCAGUUCGAUUUUCGAACGUUGCAUGCUAAUGGGACGCUGUUUGCUGUCACAGGAGCUGGAAAUACCAUCUUGUAUGAAAUUCGUCUCGUGAACGGAAACUUGGAAACUUUUUGGAGCGGCGCACGGGCAAAUGCUAGGCCAUCAACCACUGGCUCGUAUGCGGAUGGUAACUUCUACAGAGUGACAGUGGAAAGAACGCAGACAUAUUUUAGUGUUUUAGUUGUCUCUGUGGCAACAGGGACUGGACCGCCGAUCUCAAUGACGAAUGGUAGUCAACCGCUUUUAGAGGAAGGCACAGUGAUUUACUUUGGCGGAGUUAACGUCUCUGUGAGUGGAUCAACGGCUUAUCCCUUCGCUGGCUGCAUAAUGAACGUUCGUCUAAGCAAUAACAACAGGAUUGACGUCACAGAUUCCAUACAGUUAAACGACCCCAAACUCCUUCGCUAUUCUAAAGGCGUCAACUUCAAUGGAUGCCUUCCACAGAUUCAAAAUGGCGUCCGUUUCCUUGGCAAUGGCUAUGCGUCAGCUUCGACUCCUUCGCAGCGGUUAUCAUCCCUUAGCAUUGUCUGUAAAACAACAGAGCCGGAUGGUGUUAUAUUUUAUUCAGAUUAUCGGGGUGCAAAAUUUUAUAUCGCUCUGUAUCAUGGAAACAUUUUCUUGGAUUACAAAAAUGCCUCGAGAAAUGCCAGAAACUUUUUGUAUACGAGAUCACAGACGCUGAACAGAGGACAGUAUUUUACGAUUGAUGUUAUCUUUACUGGAAAUACUUUGAUGGCGCUGGCUGUUGACGGCAUAAGACAAGAGAUACAGCUUGCAAGCGGUCUGGCACCGAGUGUUGAGUUGAAUGGGAGAAUGUACAUUGGUGGCAUACCCACGGCAUUAUCAAAUGGACUUUCUGAGUUCCCUGUGACGCAAGGCUUUAAAGGCGACUUCAGUCUGGUUCGAAUAAACGGUGUGGACUACCUGAGACAACUGAUCACCGUCAGCGAGUUUGUUUCGCUAGCUGGAGUCCCAGUUACGCAAACAGUCGGGCCUACACCUUUACCAACAACACCACCACCAACAACGUCGCCUCCUUCGUGUGCUGCUGCCAGUGGCCCUCCCCAGUUCGAUGGCAAUGUUAACUUGGCGGGAAUUGGCGCAAAUACGUUGCUGGCACUUAGGCCGCCUCCUGCUGAGGAGAGCACCGUUCUGUCCUAUUUCAGUGUGAACUACUUGGUUACAAUAGAGUUCAGAGCAUUCAGUCCGUUUGGUGUGAUAUUCUUUGUGACCAACAAUAACAGUGCAAGCGUGAGGCAAUUUAUUUCGUUGGAGCUUGUGAAUGGUAGCCUCGUGUACAAGUUCAACUCAGGAGGUGGUUUGGUUCAUGUGCAAACGACAGGAAAUUACGCUUUGGGUCAAUGGACAAAGGUUUUUCUUCUGCGUCUUGGUCAGUUUGGUGCCAUAUUGGUUUCUCCUUCGCAAGAGUAUCGCAACAAUCGCCAUGAAAACGGACUCAAUAGAAUGCAACUUGCUUAUCCAUUUUAUAUUGGGAAGUUCCCCGCAGGGGUGCCUACAUCAAUGCUAACGAACCCGGCUGGUAGAAAUUCGUUUCUUGGAUGCAUACGACUAGUCCAAGUUGAAAGCGCAUCAGCGAGAAAGCUACUUAAUCUACAGACGAAUCGAGACCCAGUCUCCAGGAACGUGGGAAGAUGCUACCAGACAGUUGUGCCGAUGCUAAGGUUUACGGGCACUGGUUACGUAAUUGCAGAACGCCGUCUGCAGACAACAUCAUCAUUCUCGGUGUCCGUACGGUUCCGGACAUCGCAGAGGUAUGGAAUUUUAUGGCAUCAAACCAGCACCUUUGGCACUGCAUCCCUUAUGUUGCAACAGCGGUCUGGUCAAUUGUUCCUUAUCCACGUCACAAGCACGGGAUCCAGAAGCCAACUGACAUGGACAGAUGCGAACAUCCCCUCGAACCGAGCAGCUAAUAUGUCGUAUUACCUGUGUAACAAUCAGCCACACACAGUCACCGUGGCAAGGUCUUCGUCAAACUACACAAUCACUGUCGAUUCAAACCCUCCGGUUUCUGGCAGCAUCGGCAAUACAAAUAUUGAUGGUCCGUUGUACGUUGGAGGAUCUUCAACGGCUGGACAGCAAGGCCUAUCGGGCUGCUUACAUAGCCUCGUUCUAAAUCGGCGGAUCAACGAUUUAGCAAUGGCUGCCGCAUCAUCUGACGCAAGGUCAGUCGGCGUUGGAUGCAGUGCGACGUAACGUCAUUGUGGAGGAAAACACAACCAUGUAUCAAGUUUUUAGAUGGGACUAUAAAUAAACUGGUUUAUUGUAAAGGCUAUUUGUUUAUAAUAAACAAUAUUGCCCAUUAAUGUCCCAAAGGGAGGGGCACUGAAUACCCUGGUGUAAAGAGACCUGCUGCAAGAGAUUUAUUAUUUUGUGACCCAGCAACACAAAAUUUGAAAGAUUUCACUUCCCAUUAAAACCCCUAUAUCAAAUACCUCCUAUAAUGCUCAACUGUCUUCUCUUUGAAGUCACAUGCUUAGCAAUUCCUAUCUAUUCACGAAUUAUGGACCUGACCACAUUUUUAUAUACAAGGAAUGAUGAUGUCAUUUAGAGGCGAAAUGUGGUUUUUAACAUCAUCAGUUUUUCUCCCAGGAGCAAGUGAUACUUGUGGUUUAUGUGGCUUGUAUCAAUUUCUUCCAAUUCAUUUCUUGACAUAAGACAGCCCUUUUUCUCUUGCCUGCACAGAAUGGCAUAUUUACUUCAGGGCCCACGCUACCUAUCCUUAACGGGGGGCAGCAAUAAGAAAAAUUUACCCAGUUACCUCCCCCCCAGGCCCCAAGCUCCCGUUUUGGCAAAGCGUUUUCUGUCACUGUUCCACUUGUGGAUUCUGGUUCAAUGAAUUUGUUGUAAUCUACAAGUUUAUUCUGAUGAAAAUUUGGCUAAAUCAUGUUUUAACAAGGUACCAGGGGGCUUAAUUGAAAACAUGCAUCAAGAUUCCCAAGAACGUGAUCAGAUCGUGAUCACGUUCUUGAUCAGAUCACAGAUCGUGAGUAGUUAAGAAUCUCUAACUGCUUAAACUAAAGCAAAAACCCCUAGUUAAAAAUCUUCAUAUUUCAACUUUUCAAAGACUUUGCUAUCAGGAAGAAUUCUAAUCCUCUUCUACUAUGUCUCCGUGUAGUUUUAUAAAUAUGAGUUGUAAACCAUCUCCAAAGUGAUUUAGUUUUUUAGUUAAAUGUGUAGAUUUUAUACUGAUUUUAUACCACUGGAAAGA